UGUGUUGGGGUGUAGCAGUGUAAAGAUGGCAGCAGAUACAGGGCGAUACCGGAGCGCAGUGUCUAAAAGCAAGGACCCCUCGGGUUUAUUAAUCUCCGUUAUUCGGACGCUGUCAAGCAGUGAUGAUGUGCAGGACCGGGAGACGGAGAAGAGCCGAUUGGAGGACGCCUAUGAGAAAUGUGACCGCGAUCUGGAUGAACUCAUUGUUCAGCACUACACUGAGCUCACCACCGCCAUUCGCACGUACCAGAGCAUCACCGAGAGGAUCACCAACUCUCGCAACAAGAUCAAACAGGUGAAGGAGAACCUGCUCUCGUGUAAGAUGCUGCUCCACUGUAAGCGGGACGAGCUGAGGAAGCUGUGGAUUGAAGGAGUCGAACACAAGCACGUCCUCAACCUGCUGGAUGAGAUUGAGAACAUUAAGCAGGUUCCUCAGAGACUGGAGACGUGCAUGGCCAGAAAACACUACCUUCAUGCCACCGACAUGCUGGUGUCUGCAGUGGAGUCUCUGGAGGGUCCUCUGUUGCAAGUGGAAGGUCUGAGUGACUUGCGUCUGGAGCUGCACAGCAAGAAGCUGAACAUUCAUCUGGUGCUGAUUGAUGAGCUGCACCGCCACCUCUACAUCAAGUCCACCAGCCGAGUGGGCCACCGGGGCAAGGACAAGGACAAGGACAAAGGCCGGCUCGGAGGGUCAAAGGACGCCUCCAUUUUGGACGUCAGCAGCCUGUCCACUCCGCGUAAACUUACCGAGCCCUCUCAGUUCAGCACUCCAGGAACAUCAAGCAUUCGAGAUCUUCCAGAGGUGAAGGAGGAUUUGGACGUGGACCCAGAAGAGAACAGUGCUGGGUUUAUGGGAAUACUCAUUAAGGCUUUGGCCAAACUCAAGAAGAUACCCGAGACCAUCAAUGCCAUCAUGGAGCGCCUGGAGCCAGAACUCAAACAAAUCCUGAAGAGAUCCACCACCCAGAUCGCAGAUCAUGCUUACCAGAGAGGAGAAAACCUGGCCCAGGACAAUCAGCCGAGGCUGCUGCUGGAACUUCUGGAGCUGCUGUUUGACAAGUUCAAUGCUGUGGCGACGGCUCACAGCAUCGUCCUCAACCACCUGCAGCAGAUUGUGGUGUCUCCCAACGGAGCGCAGCAGGGCAUCAAACUGUACGAGCAGGCCGACGUCUCCGCCAAGAUCCAGACUGUGCUGCAGGUGUUGCUGAUGGACUACCUGGAUGUGAAGAACACCCGCAGUGCUUCCGAACCGUCAGCCCAGCUGUCUUAUGUCAGCACUGGAGGAGAUUUUGGAGCUUUUUUCGCCAAGAAGAAACCUGUCCGACCCAAACAGUCACUUUUCAAGUUUGAAUCUUCGUCCCACGCUAUUAGCAUGAGCGCCUACCUGCGAGAGCAGAGGAGAGAACUCUACAGCAAGAGUGGAGAGUUACAAGGAGGAGCAGAUGAUAACCUGAUUGAAGGAGGCGAGACUAAAUUCCUGUGUAAACCGGGAGCCAGGAACAUCACGGUCAUCUUUCAGCCGCUGCUCAGGUUUAUUCAGGAGGUGGAGAUGAGCAUGGGUCCCGGCAAGCAGUGCCAGCUCCGCACCUUCCUCACCUACUACAUCAACGACCUGUUCCUCAACCAGGUGCGCACUGAGACCAACAAAGAGAUCGAGGCUGUUACUAAAGUGUCUGAUCCACUGAAGAUCCUGGCCAGCGCAGACACUAUGAAGAACCUGGGUGUACAGAGACCUCUGCUGCAGAGCACUGUGAUCGUGGAGAAAUCUAUCCAGGAUCUGAUGAGUUUGAUGCAGGAUCUCAGUGCUUACUCCAACCAGUUCCUCGAGAUGGUCUGUGAUAAACUCAAAGAGUACAAGGAGAUCUGCAACACUGCCUACAGGGGUAUAGUGCAGUGUGAGGAGAAACUCACCAUUAGUGCUUCCUGGGCCAAAGAUGAGGAUAUCAGCCGUCUGCUGCAGUCUCUGCCCAACUGGGCCAACAUGGCUCAACCCAGACAACUGAGACAGAAGAGAGAGGAUGAGGAGGACUUUACUCGAGCGGCCUUUGCUAAGGAGUCAGAGGUGUUGACUGGCAACCUGGGAGACAAGCUGAUCCCUCAGAAUGAAAUCCUCCGUGAUGUGAGUGACCUGAAGGCUCUGGCGAACCUGCAGGAGAGCAUGGAGUGGCUGGCAGCUCGUCUCAAAGGCUUCUUCUCCACCCUGCCUCAGAGCUCCAGUAAGUGUGCGUCUCCAGGCUCAGACAGCCAGGUGAGCAGUGAGAGCGUACGCAGCCGAGAACACAUCCUCCAGACUCUCUCUGACCUGUCCAGAUCCUUCCAGGACAUUGCUGACCGCUGCCUGCUCGUGCUACACCUGGAGGUCAGAGUUCACUGCUUCCACCAUCUCAUACCCCUGGCCAAACAGGGCAACUACGCCAUCGUGGCCAACGCUGCCAGCAUGGACUAUGAUCCUCUGGUGGUCAAACUCAAUAAGGACAUCAGUGCCAUCGAGGAGGUGAUGGGAGCUGCGCUGCAGCAGCACAAGUUCCAGUACAUAUUUGAGGGUUUGGGUCACCUGAUCUCCUGCAUUCUGAUCAACGGGGCUCAGUACUUUAAGCGCAUCAGCGAGUCUGGCAUCAAGAAGAUGUGCAGGAACAUCUUUGUGCUCCAGCAGAACCUCACCAACAUCACCAUGUCACGAGAGGCAGACCUGGACUUUGCCAGGCAGUACUACGAGAUGCUGUACAACACUGCUGAUGAGCUGCUGAACCUGGUGGUGGAUCAAGGCGUGAGAUACACGGAGCUGGAGUACAUCAACGCUCUAAGCCUGCUGCACCGCAGCCAGACAGGCGUGGGAGACCUGACGAUGCAGAACAUGCGCUUACAGCGUCUGAAAGAGAUCAUCUGCGAGCAGGCGGCCAUCAAACAGGCCACCAAGGACAAGAAAAUCACCACCGUGUAGACCCCAGCCACGUCUACAUACAGCACACAUUCAUAUUCUACACUAAACGUAUACAGUUCUUGUCCUGGAGGUCUGGAGUCCAGCAGAGUUGGUUAAUUUCCCUGCUUAAACUUUGCGUAAUCAGAUUGUAAAUGGGAAAUUAUCUAACUGUGCUUAAAGAAUUAGAUGUUUCAGGACUGGACACCCUUGUAUUAAUCAUUGCAUUCAAUGUACUACUGCUGUUGUUAGAUUUGUCCUGCAGGAUUCAGUCAAUAUGUUGGUGGUUUAUAACAUUGACUGGUGAUCUUUUUUCUCUUUUUUUAUUAAUAAAGCCUUAUUAUAAGUUGCACAAAGUUCAGCAAAUAUUGCUGUGGGCAUAAUGAGGGAUGUAUAGGUGGCACACUAAUAAAAAAAGAUUUUCAGCUUGACAAUUCUGUACUGACUAAAUAUACAGCGCAGACCACUUAAAAAUUAGUUUCUUUGAUUUUACCAAAUUGAAAACCUCUGGAAUAUAAUCAAGAGGAAGAUGGAUGAUCACAAGCCAUCAAACCACCAAACUGAACUGCUUGAAUUUUUGCAUCAGGAGUAAAGCAGCAUAAACUUAUCCAAAAGCAGUGUGUAAGACUGGUGGAGGAGAACAUGAUGCCACGAAGCAUGAAAACUGUGAUUAAAAACCAACCAGGGUUAUUCCACCAAAUAUUGAUUUCUGAACUUCUAAAACUUUAUGAAUAUGAACUUGUUUUCUUUGCAUUAAUUUUCUCAUUUUCUGAAAAUAAAAGCUCUAUAUGACAAAAAAAAAAUAUUUGGAAUUUGGUAGAAAUGUUGUCUGUAGUUUAUAGAAUAAAACAACAAUGUUCAUUUUACUCAAAUAUAAACCUAUAAAUAGCAAAAUCAGACAAACUAAAGUAGUCUCUUAGAUUGUUUCAGAGCUGUAUAUGCAUUUAAACACACACACAUACACAGAUAUAUGUAAAAGCAACAGUUUUAAUGAAAUAAUUCCUUCAAGCUUCAAGCAUGUUCCAUCAGCCGCGGCCUCACCUUGCGGGAUAAGCAGAUGGAUUCUAGGCACGUGGCUCGGGGACACUGUCAUCUCAUUUUCCUAUAAUAUAAAACCGUUGCUCUCAAUUAUGGAAUCUCCUAGCCCACAGCUUGUGCCUGGAAUAACAGAUGCCAGAUUAGAACACUGGAAAUAUUAUGAGCUCAAAAGAACGGACUCCUUCUGCUUUUGUUGAUUUGUUUUGCUCCCUCAGGAAAGGAAAUGGAAAAUGGCCAUGCUCCUUCAAGCGGCUUUUUAUUCCCUUCCUUCCCUCGGCGUGUUGCAUUGCCCCUUGUUGCAUACACUGUAGUUGAUUUACAAAAGAGGCGGGAAUCGAUCCCGCGCUCCUUAACACAGUCUGCAGCCAUGAAGCCACCGCAGCAUUUUGUAGGCUUAGUGAGCGUGCAUAAACUAUAGGAGUGUUUGAGGGUCUAAUUGGUGGGGAACUGAUCUCUGGCCUCCAACCGCAGCUAUUAAAACUUUAUUUCGGCUCUUUCUCUUAAGUCCCACAUGCUGAAGGCGGCAAAUCUGUCUCUGAUUCACUCACUCGCACGCGGGCACACGCAGGAAACCACACAUCAUUCAUUCUUUCUUGUCCCUUGGUGUUUUUAGUUCAUUAACUCUGAAGAAAAGUACUUAACAAGAGGGGGAGAGAGAAAGCCCUGUCGAUACAGAACGCAGGCACCAGGCAACAGCGCUCCCCGAAGCCGGCGCAACAAUCCAUCAUUAUGACUCAGCGUCAGGAAUCAAUAUCGGCCUGCGGGCCGCCGAAGGUAUUAACGCGGAGAACACAUCUUUAAUAUUCCAGCCUAAUUUGAAUCUCACGCGAGGGGAGUGCAGCGGUUGUGCCAAUGUUGCAGAAAUGUUGCAGAGUGCACAGCCCGUAGAGAGUGAGCAGGAGGGCUCCUGACCGUCUAUGCAGGCUUGCCUUAGUGCUUGUUAAGCUAGAUGCGUUUGACCCCUCCAUAAUGCCUUUAGGCUUAUUUCGUUGAUGUAAAAAAAGAAAAAACGCCAGAGGUGCAAAAGCAGUGCAUUGGCAGUCAUCUGAAAAUUUCAUGUACUACUAAAUUAACCUGUAGUGCUUUAAUAUGCAAUGUUCUUUCCCUUCUGCAUAGUUGUUUUAACCUUGUUUAGACCUCAAUUAUGUUUCAGUGAAGAAUGUAUAAGAAAGCUUUUUUCUGUUUGCAAUUCACAGAAAAGAAAAAUCUUGUAGUCUAAAGUGAAAUCUGUAUAAAAAUUACUUAAUUGCUUUUUUACAAUUAGGGUACAUAAAUGAACAGUAUUUACGACAGAUUGUCUCAACUAAACACGAAUUGACACUGGAAACUAGACAUUACUAAUCAUGACCAUGAUUACAACAUUCUUAAGCUGUAAAUUUGAAUAAUGCUUAAUUAUUAAUGUCUUACCUAGUGUCAAUUCAUUAUUAGUUGAGGCAUUACUUAACCAUUUAACAAUGAUUAUUACCAAGUAAGUACUGUUAAUUAAUAUACCCUUAUUGUAAAGUAUUGCCAUUGUAUUGGAUGCCUGUGUUUAUCAUUUUUGUUUUAGAUAUUUUUGAUAUGGACAUUUUUACGUCUUAAAUCAUCUAUAAACAGUAACAUUAACAUGAUAUAAGUUUUAAAUCACAUAAAAUGUGUAAAAAUGAGCUUUUACUUUUUCUUACAAUGACAUUUUGACCCUUGUUAGAGUCAAUCAGGUCUUCAUGCCUUCUAUUUCUCCCACCUCCAGCAUAUCGAGUACAAGAACUGACUGGGUAGUUGCCAUAUAGGCUACUAGUGCAUCUUAAAAAUUUAGAAUAUCAUUGAAAAGUUACUUUAUUUCAGUAAUUCAGUUUAAAAUGUGGAACUCAUAUAUUAUAUAGAUGUAUCAUUAUAUAGUGAUCGUCACUGAUUGUGGAAACUUGUACACUAGACUGAUUUCCAAAUGAAAUGUAAAAUUUACUGAUGAUCAGUGAUGGUUUGGAGAGACAUGUCAUCUGCUGGUGUUGAUCCACUGUGUUUUAUUAACAAAUCCAAAGUCAGUGCAGCGGAUUUCAUUUUCCAGCAGAAUUUGGCACAAUGCACACGCUGCCAAAAGUACCAAUUGGUCUUAUAUAAUAUUUUCUGAGACACUGAUUUUUGGGUUUUCAUUGGCUGUAAGCCAUAAUCAUCAACAAUAAAAGAAAAAAAAUGCUUAAAACUGAUCACUCUUUGUGUAAUACAUCUAUGUAACAUGUUUCACAUUUUUUGAGAAACACUAAUAUACAUCCCUGACCUUAACAACAAUCACUGUUACAAGUAAAACAAGAUAAUGUGACAAUAUGAUUUGCUUCAUAAUGUUGAGUGGUCAUAAUGUUGUUGUACUCCGUGUACUUAGCUCUGUUAACCACAGGACCACAGGACUCUGAGCUCACUUCUCUUUUAAAAGAAGACAAAUAUCAUUUUGUCAUGGUGGUGCCAAUACAAACUUCGCUCACAGCUGGAACGAAACGCCUCAGUUUUAAUGAAGAUGGUUUCAAACUGUGUUUGGAACCACAUAUUGGAAAUGGACCAGUAUGAAUCCACCGUCAGCGGAUGAAACGGCAGUGAGCGCUAGUUUAGAGCAUUUGCAUAGUGUUGUGCUGAAAACAAACAUUCCCAGCAAGGUGGCUCUGCUGCAGACUGUGUUAAGGAGAAAAUUGAAAGAAAACAGAAACACCUGAAUGGUGUCUGGGAUGCAUGAACUGUUCUGUUACUUCAUUUUUUUUUUGUCUGUUUAGAAGCGUAUGGAAAAGUUAAUUAAGCAAAUUUUGAGAUUUAGACAUUUCUGCACAGAUUAAAAUCUGCACAGUUUGAAUUCAGCCAAUGUACAGUCAUGUUGAAAAGUUAAUAAAUGAAAUUAAACUACA